UUUAACAGUUGUUUAAUACAACAGAGAAGAGCAAAGCAGAAUUGCAUCUCAUCGUCGAUACAGUUGGAAAACCAUGGUGAUAUAUCAUCACCGUUAGAUCUGACUUCAUAAUCACAUUUUCGGAAGAAUGGUUGAGUAAAUGUUUGGGAUUAUGAUGGAUUGGUUGCUUUCUGAACGUGCAAUUUCCCUCAGUUGGAUUCACUUUGUGCUUCUUAUAAGCAGACAAGGAAAAGUCCGGUUGACUAAAUGGUAUUCUCCUUAUUCACAGAAGGAACGAACUAAGGUUAUUCGUGAGCUCAGUGGAGUAAUUCUUACACGAGGACCAAAGCUCUGUAAUUUUGUGGAAUGGAGAGGAUUUAAAGUUGUUUAUAAAAGAUAUGCUAGUCUUUACUUCUGCAUGUGCAUUGAUCAGGACGACAAUGAAUUAGAGAUCCUUGAAAUAAUUCAACAUUAUGUUGUGAUUCUUGACAGAUACUUUGGAAGUGUUUGUGAGCUGGACUUGAUCUUCAACUUUCACAAGGCCUAUUUUAUUUUGGAUGAACUCUUGAUUGCCGGUGAACUUCAAGAGUCCAGCAAGAGAACAGUCACACGGCUAACAACUGCUCAGGAUUCAUUGGUGGAGACUGCAAAAGAGCAAGCCAAUUCAAUAAGUAAUAUAAUUGCACAGGCCACCAAGUAGAGUAAGAUAAUCUUGGUUGAGCAUGUUUUGGUCAACUUUGAAGCGCUAUCUGUAUUCAGUUUCAUAUCAAAUUACCUUGUAAGAGCUGAAUUGCACGUUAAGGAUCUCUCAAGAAUUCUACACUUGAUUUCUCAUUAGAUUUAACAGUGAUGGAUUUGGCCGAUGCAUCUGUACAGUGUAAAGACACUAUACAACUGCAAUGCAAGCUGUAAUUUUCAAAGCAACAGUACAUUUUUUCAAUGGGAAGUUGAUUUUCAUUAUUCUGGAUA